GCUCCCGCUGUUAGCAUACGAGUCGUGCCAUCGUGGUGAAUAAGCCUCAAAGCUCGAGGUUUCAGAAUCCUAAAGAGGCAUUCUCAAUGCUACGCGUGGUCCACAAAACCGGCGCGCAUAGUAAUUCGUUGAUCACUCAUUGCUACAUAGCGAUGGAAAAGCAAUUGUGAGUGGUGGAAAAAGGUAUCCCAUCAUGAUUCCUUUAGGGCGGAUAAUCCGUUUCUGUUAAUGGGGGCCGCGCAACGAGUUGUAGGCUCAGCACACGACCUUAUACCAACAACACUACGUAAUAUCUGACGAAUGUCAGUGUGGAGGAAAUUACAUAGGUCUGUUAAAGGGGCUCAAAUUCAUGGUAGGGUUUCAUCUAAUUGGACCAUAACUCUUGGCCUUUGUGUCAACCGGAUUUCUUGCAGUUAUGUCAUACUAUAUCAAUCGUCUAGAUCACCAUCUACCGACGCUAUCGGAAGCAAGCCAAGGCCAUUAGCGCGUUGAGUACCCGUCAAGAUGCACUCGUUUAAUUUCCUUGCGGCUCUUUCAGCGUGCGUUGUGCCUGUUUUAGGCAUUUCUGUCACUACCUCCGACGAUUCCUACACCAUCGAUACCGGGAACAGCUAUGGCUUCACCGCAGCAGUCAGUCGUUCAAGCUGCGACGUCACGUCGUUAAACUUCUACGGUACCGAAUACAUUUAUAGUGGCAGUUCCAGUAAUAUUGCUUCCGGAUUGGGUACCGCGACUGUCUCUUACACUACUAGUGGCGACUAUGUGGUGGUCUCUUGCGUUGCGAGUAGCGACGACUUUGACCUCACACAAUACCUAGUGUUCGCUGAUGGAUCCAGCUCGAUCUACAUGGCCACCUAUACCGCGUCUGAGCCGUCAGUUGGAGAAUUGCGUUACAUUUUCCGUCUAACCGGGUUGACUGAAGCGUAUCCCAACGGCAACGUUUCAUACACAGCCGACGGCACUGCUGUUGAAGGUUCCGACGUCUUUCUCGUUGAUGGCGAAACGCGCAGCAAGUUUUACUCAUCGGAGCGUGUCAUUGACGACGAUGUCUACUGCGCGACGACUACCGACGCUUCAAUCCACGCAUGCUUCGUCCGCCCCAACAGCCAAGCAACCGAAAAGAGCUCAGGUGGCCCAUUCCACCGUGACAUUGACCUCAACUAUGGCGGUGACUACCACUCGGUAACUUACUACAUGAACUCGAACCACGUACAGACGGAAAGCUACCGACAGGGAUUCAACGGACCCUAUGUCUUCAGCUUCUCGCGCAGUGGCGUCCCUAAGACCAGCGACUACGAUGUUUCAUUUUUCGACGACUUGGAUCUGACUGGAUAUACUGGGGCCUCUGGCCGUGGAUACGUCAAGGGCACUGCUUCGGGUAUGUCGACUGACUUCCCCACCGUAGUACACUGGUACAACGACGACUACCAGGGUUGGGUCUACACCGAAUCGUCUCGAGAAUUCACCUCCCCGGCUCUCGUGGCUGGCACGUACACCAUGGCGCUGUACCAAGACGAGUUUCUCGCCGCGACGGCCACCGUCGAUGUAACUGCGGGUGCGACCGCGACAGCCGACAUUGCGGCUACUGCUGCUGCCCUAGUCGAUGACCGUACCACCGUUUUCCAACUCGGCGACUACGACGGCCAGCCCACCGGCUUCCUCAAUGCUGAAAAUCAAUUGCGCAUGCACCCCUCCGACAGCCGCAUGUCGGAUUGGAACCCGGGCACCGUAGCCUCGACCGAUGCGUCCGCUUUGCCCAUGGCCAUCUUCACCGAUGUCAACAACGGGCAAGUCAUUUCGUUCUCGCUGGACAGCGCUAUCAGUAGCGAAGCAACGAUCCGAAUCGCGACUGCUUUGUCCUACGCCGGUGGCCGACCGCAGGCUAGCGUCAACGAUUAUAGUUGCGACGCGCCCAGCGCCCCGACGACGAUUGACAGCCGAGGAGUGACGCGAGGCGCGUACCGCGGAUAUGGCGAUAUCUAUGAGUGCACCAUCCCGAGUGGCACGCUCGUGAGUGGGGAUAACACGGUUACUAUUACUGUUAUCUCAGGAAGCAGUGGUUCUGAUUACCUCAGUCCCAAUGUGAUCCUCGAUGCCAUUGAGCUUUUCUACUAAGUCAGUAGGAUGACUUUGGAAUGUUGCGACUUGAGUGUAAUU